UCUGCUUUACUUUUUCUUCUUGAUGGGACAAGCGCAAAACAAAAAUUUAAAAAGGAUAAGGCCAAAUGAAAACAUUGGCGUUAGUAACUGUUUCAAUAAAUUUAUUUAUACGAUUUAUACCUAAUAUAUAUUGUAUUUUAACAAUCAUUCAAUACUGUAACCGCAAAAUUGUAAAUAAGCAUGUCGUCCAAGAACAACUGUCGGAAAUUUUUCCUCCGGGACGUUGAUAUUCCUCUGGCUACCAGCCAGGCCCAAGUUCUCAAGCCAUCUCAGACCUCCAACACUAUCAGACGCAAAGAUGUAAAAGUAAAAAAUAAUCCAUCUGGUAGCGCACCGGCUACGAAGACCACCACAUCGGCUGCAAACAAGUUCAAGGAACCGGAACUGCACAGUGCAUUAAAUGUGCGCAAGGAGAUCGAAAAAGUUAAAGGGAUGCACACGAAGCCUCCAACCAGCAUCGGCGAACUGACGCCGAAGAGUAAAAAGUUUGUUCGCGAGCAGAUCACCAAAAAACUCAACUUCCAUCACGACGAAAACGUUUUUAAAGGAUUGGUGCCAGUGAACGUGAAUGAUUCGGUGUUGAUCCCUACCAGCAGGAAGCCGCUAAGGAGUACGUACGUUGCAAAAGAGAAACGUGACCCGGAACCAGAGUUAGGUGACUUUUUGCGCCCGAUUUCUAAGUGCAAUGUGCCAUUCGAGCCGUAUUUGGCACCUGAACCAGCUCCACGGCGUCCAAACUUUAACAACUUUGACCACAUUUUGGAAGUAUUUGCAAAGGUUGAUGUUGGGGCAUGAAGAUGAAUAGAAAUGUAUCUAAUUAUUGUUUCAAA